AGUCCUCACAGCCUUAUCCUCCCCCUUCACACAUUUCCCGGCGAUCAUUUCACCUGAAAAUCUAACCUCCGGCUGCCGGAAAUUGGCCUGACGUCAUUUCCCGGCCACUCAUUUCAUAAAAAACAAACAAAAAUAUAGUUAAGUUAUGUGUGUUGAUUUGAGAUAUUAAUCGAUAAACAUGCCUUUUCCGUUGAAAAUACAGCCGGUUGAUUUCAAUUCACCGGUCGACUCGGCGUUCUCUAAACCGGUGAAAUCGCGGUUCAAGCGGCUCUUCGAGAAUGUUCUCCGAUCAUCGGCGCCGGAAAAAGCUGUUACCGACGCCGGCACCGGUGUGACUAAGGAUAUUAGCGACGAAUUUGAGCCGAGCUCGGUUUGUUUGGCUAACAUGGUGCUGAAUUUCAUCGAGGAGAGUAACGACAAAACGACGUCGGUUAAGUGUUCGAAGAGCAGGUGCUAUUGCUUCACCGGUGAUCGGAGUGAUUGCGAUGAUGAUGAUGUGGAUUCUAAUGCUUGUGAGCUUUUAAAGAGUUUGGUGAUGUGUGCUAGUGUUUUCGAAAGAAAUUUGUUAGCGGAUGCUUCCCGAAUCGUUGAGAAGAACAAAAUUUUUGAAUGUAAGGAUAAUUCGAGUCGAAAAUUGGUCACAGAUGGACUUCUGGCUCUCGGAUACGAUGCUUCGAUUUGCAAGGCGCGGUGGGAGAAGGCUCCUUCGUAUCCAGCUGGUGAGUAUGAGUAUAUUGAUGUGAUAAGAGAGGAGGAGAGGCUAAUUGUGGACAUUGAUUUUAGAUCUGAAUUCGAGAUUGCGAGAUCGACUAAGACCUAUAACAGGAUCCUGGAAACAUUGCCUGUUAUUUUUGUUGGCAAAGAUGAUCGCCUUCAGAAGAUCAUAUACUUGGUUUCCGAGGCUGCGAGACAGAGCCUGAGGAAGAAGGGGAUGCCCUUUCCGCCUUGGCGAAAGGCGGAUUAUGUUAAGUCGAAAUGGCUCUCUCCCUAUACCCGAACACCGCCACCAACACCAUCACCGUCACCACCACCACUGACUCUAGAAAACCCGACUGACCUAACAACUGAUAGCCUGAUCCCCAUGAUCAGGCACAAGAACCCCUUUAGUACUAUGAAUGAGGGUGCUGAUUCUCGUCUGAGGAUAACCCCGUCUAGUACUGUGAAUGAGGGUGCUGAUCCUCGUUCGAGGAUAACCCCGUCUAGUAUUGUGAAUGAGGGUGCUGAUUCUCAGACGAUGAUAACCCCGUCUAGUACUGUGAAUGAGGGUGCUAAUUCUAAAACUGUGAAUGAGGAUGCUGAUUCUAAGACGAAGAUAACCCGGUCUAGUGCUGUCAAUGAGGGUGCUGAUUCGCCAAACUCUUCAGAUCAUGGUGGCGAUACAGUCUUCACUAUGUCUGAAGACGACGAAGACAAUUAAGGUUCUGAUCUUUCGACAUGGAUCACUGGUUAAAACUAUAUGACUACAUCCUUAUAUAGUGUUUUUGUGAAUUUUCCGCGAUUUUUAGUGUGGCCGGAAAAUCUAAGAACUACUAAAACUGUAGUAUUAGCAAGGUUACAUCAGUAUAUUGUAGAAGGAACUAUGAUCCCCUUAUCCUUUUUGCUUGUAAGGGACUUUCAGCUACUAAUAUGAUACUAUAUGGAUCAAUAAAUUGUAUAAGAAGCAGAUUGUUAUAAGUUUGUAAUUCUCAGUCUUGAUGAUUAUUAGUCAAAUGGAGAAUUUACUAUGUUUUGGUAAA